GCAGGCUGUGUUACAGACAGCGCUUCAGCCUUCUCUCACACCAUCUGCUUGGCUGCAAGGACACAAUCACCAAACGGCAAGAUGUGCAAAGGAUUAGCAGCUUUGCCCCACACAUGUCUGGAGAGAGCCAAAGAAAUCAAGACCAAGUUGGGCACGCUGCUCCAGAAGCCAGACUCAGCUAUUGACCUGAUCAUCCCUUACCCGGAGAAGCCAGCAAAGGUUCAAAAACCUUCCCCACAAGAAGCUUGGCAGUGGCGCAAUUCCUUGGAAAAGCUCCUUCAAAGCCCUUAUGGCCUUGCCAGCUUCCAGACUUUCCUCCAAUCUGAAUUCAGUGAAGAGAAUAUUGAGUUCUGGAUUGCAUGUGAAGAGUAUAAGAAGGCCAAAUUGCCUGCCAAAAUGACUGAAAGGGCCAAAAAAAUCUAUGAAGAGUUUAUCCAAAGUGAGGCUCCCAAAGAGGUGAAUAUUGACCAUUUCACCAAGUCAGUGACCAUCAAGAACCUGGUGGAACCAUCUGUCAGCACUUUUGACUUGGCCCAGAAGAGAAUCUUCAUGCUGAUGGAGAAGGAUUCUCUGCCCAGAUUUGUGCGAUCCAACAUAUAUGAAGAGUUAGUAAAGUAGCAGUGUGGCAGAGCUGUGCAAGGCAUUGGUACACCUAUGCAGGGUCAUUGCUUCCUCUAAUGACUAGUAGUCAAUUUGUGUUAUUUAUAGUUGCUUCGCUUUGUAUUUAUUCCAGGCUUUGAAAACUCAGAGUCUGUGUUGUUCAACAUAGUGACCACACUGUACUGUUUUGGUCUUUCUGUUGCUCCUUCAAGAUUUAUUUUACUCCCUUACCCCUCUUUUUAUUUCUCAUAUUCAAUGUCGUUGGCACAAAGUUGGGUUAGAUAAGUAUCCCAAUCUAAAAUAUGACACUAAUUAUUUACAUGGAGAAGGCCAAAUUGUUUCUAGGACCUUUUGUCUGUCUUUGAUGGGAACCAUCAAAAAAACGAAAAAGAAAAAAGAAAAACCCAGAUUUAAGAAACUUAGGGAUAUAUCAUCUGUCCUAAGAAAACUGGAAUUCUGAACUGGGUAGCUUCCAAUCAUCCAUCAAUUAGCAAGUUAAUGAUCAGAUAGACAGAAUGCACAUAGUUUUCAAUCCAUGUGACAAAUAUAUGUUAUUGCCACUGAUCAGCAAUCACAAGUUAACCAGUAACUUCACAAAGUCAUAGACAAACAUAAGGGAGGGUAUGGUGUCUUUUAAAAUGCAACAUGUGUUAACAGAGGAAAAAUCAAGCUUCUGUGUGUCAGAUAUCACUUAUAGCUAUGGUGAAGAGGGAAUACAAAACAAGAAUAAGCCUAUAAAAACAAUGAACUUCCUUUCUGAUUUUCAGAUAGUUCUCUCAGUGAACUGUAUUUCAUAUUACUGCCAGAAAUAAUGGUGUCACAAGGAGAUUUUAGUUCAGCGAUUCACUGGGUGAAUAUGUCAUUUCACUGCAACCUUUUCUGAUGAUAGCUAGUAUUUGCCAUUUUGUAAUGAACCAAUAGAAAUUGGUAAAUACCAGCACUUGCUACAUAAUGUAAGGAAAUAUUCAAACAAUAUACCACUCAAAUGAAACUGAGUUAACUUAACAUGAGAAUGCCAGAAUUGCAUUUGCAGUUUGUAGCAAGAUGAUGAUGAUUUGGGGUUUAUGAAAAAAAACUAAAUUUAAUGUUAAUGACUAUGACAAAGAGCAGAUUACCUAUUACCUGGAAUUAAAUAAUCAGCUAAUCAGAGCUAAGCAGUUGAUCAAAAUCCUGGGAUGAAUAGUUGAUAAAAGACCAGCUUUAUGUUUUUCUUAAAAAUCAUUAAUCAACAGAUUCCCUCAUAGCUACCAGAUAAUAGAAAUAGCACAAUAAUGAAACAGUUUAUAUAUCCAUUUUUAAAUAAACAGUGUCUUAAUAGAAAUUGAAGAAUGUUGAUCAGGAUAAUUUGUCACCCAUCAAACCAAAUGUUGAUUAAACCUUUUAUUUUUGCAGACUCAAUCAGGCAGUAAAACCAGAUUUUUAAGCUCCUUGUGGGGUAUGUACAGUUUAGGGGUGUACAAAUUGUGAAAGCUCAGUCUAUCAUUUAUUAGGUAAAAGAGAAAGUAAUCACUUUUUGGAUAGCAGUGAUGAAUUCAGAAUCCAUUCUGCAGUGCUAAAGAUUUGAGUUAUAUUCAGAUCCUGUGCUAAAUGGCUAUUACAGUACUACAAUAUUUAGGGAAGGAGUAAGAGUGAGAAUAAACCACAGUACCUGCCCAAACAGUGUGACUUGUUUAACAACUCAGGCCUCUCUUACCUGUUUAUUUUCUGUAUUAAAUUUAUAAGUGUUAUAUUUUUAUAAUGGCCCUGCAUAAACUCCAGUGCCUAUGCACAGCCUUAAAUAACUCUCCUGAACUCUCCUUAUGAAUUAUGAUGAAAAUUCUUAUGGUGAACCCUUGUAUUCUUGCCUCUGUCUGUAGCACACUUCCCAAGUAUUAUUUUACUACACACCUUUAAUCACAAGAUUUAAAUGUUCUUGUAAUACAUGUAUUAGUAUGAUCAAGGUAUUAAGCCUGCAGUGACAUGAAUGGAAAAGGCACCCAGAUAGAGUUGGAAAAAAAUGCAUUAAAUUUUAGAAAAUAAACCAAUUGUACUGGACUAAAAACCAGUUUACAGUCAAAGCCUCUACUUUUACUCUGAAAAGUACCAGUCAACCAUUUAAUCAAUUUUCAGCCCUGCUUUCCCUAUCAGAAGCAGGUAAUUGAUACAUCGAUGCAAUUUGCCACUGGCUAUGUUGGCUCUGCCUGCCGGCCAUGGUGGUUCCAUGUCAUGGCAAGAUGUGCACAGAAGUUGGUUUCAAGUUGACAAGAUGUCUAACAUCACCUAAUUAGACGUUAAUUUCUAUUCCUCCCUAACCCAAUAAAUUUUUCUGAUUCUCAGAGACACAUAUGGUUGUAAUCUAUUAUUUUUAUCAAGAGGAGAGGUGAACCAUAAUUGCUACCAUACUCUUGUAUGCCCCUCAUACAAUCUAGUAGAGCUCAUGUAAAAGAUGGUCAAACUGAAUUGGGCUCAAAUGCUCUUACUUGGCUUAGCUUUUUCCUACAUCCUGAGCAGCAAAAAAAAAAGGGGGGGGGCGGGAGGAGUCCCAAGUGCCCUCCUUCCCUUCCUUGUUUUUUUUCCUACUCUGUCCCAUUAUACCAUUGGUAUCAUCUUCUUACUUCAUCAGGCAUCAGUUGUCUCAUCCCUGUCCCACUAUAUUCGAUUUCCCGACUGCAAAGUGCCAGUCUUUAGCACUUAGGUAGCCAGUCCAGCUACCAAUUGUGGCCCAGAUCUAAACAACACUGGAUCUUGCAGUUCUGUGCUUAGAGCACUCUCAGUUGAGUGAACAUUUAAUAGCUUAACGAAUGUAUAUUUGGCCUGUUAAAUAUAUCCAAAAUGAUAAGCGCCAGAAAAUUUCACCAGCCAGGUCAUCAUUUCCGAUUUUCUUGAACUGCUCAAUAAACAACUUCUGCUCCCCCGAGCUAUAAAUAUAAGCAUACUGUCUGGCCUUUAAAGAAAAGUCAAAUUGAAAGGAAAUGCCAAACGAGUAACUACUCUACAAUGCUUUAAUUAUCCUCUUGAAGAAAGAGCUCAAAAUGAGUGAUUCCGGCCAUCAGCCUUCUCCUAACAUUAUGAGGGGAUUAUGUGAGAAAGACACUUAUUUCCAGGGUCUAUUUUGGAGAGCACACACAUCCUACUGACUCAGAAGCCAUUAACAUUCAUCCUGCCUAGAGGCAGAUUUUCCAGUUACAGCCAGAGGCUAUUCCAUCCCUGAAGUUUGAAGGAGCUUGUCAAUAAGUUUAACCCAGCAGCCUACUCACUUGGCUCUGUGAUACCUCUGAUGGCUUGAUAUGAAAUAAAGGUUCAACAAACUUGUUAUAAUUAUAGUAAAAAAAUAACUUACAAAUGCUGCUUCCACACUAACAGACUAAAUGUGUCACGCAUGGCUAAAGAUUAGGCUUAAGGUUUACCUUUCAAGAAAAACAUCAUGAGAGUUAAGAGUUAUGCGUCAUUUUUUCCUGACUGGUGCGCAGAAUAUAUGGGGCUAAAUUCUCCCCAUGUAUCUAAAAAUGGAAAUAUUUAGGAAUGCUUUGUCCCUUGAAGUGGGCAGAGGGUCUGGAUUCAAAUUUGUAUCAGAACAUAAUAAGCCAAUUGUACAGACAUCUCCAGUUCAUUGUUAUAUUAUUCUCAGUGGCUGUUGUGAGUUCUGGUUCAUUCUGGACAGAAAGCAAUGUGAUUAUAAUUGAAUUGUAUGCAGGGUGGAGAAGAUCUGAAUCAACUGUGGCUAUGAGAAUUUAGGAGCUGCCCUGUUUUAAUUCCAUAUAGGUAUAUUUACAGUCCACAGUUUUAAAGCAGCUACAGCUUUUGAUUGAAGGAGGAAUGGGAGGUGAGAAAUGCUGGCUAUGACAAAUAGUUUCAGAACCAUUUGUACAGCCUCUGUCUUUUCCAAGCUGAAUAAAAAGCAGUGAUCAUGUCAGUGGAAUGGGAUCAUGGGCAACUAGGUCCAGUGGCUCUCAGGCAUCUACUAGAGGAUGCAGGGUUGGCCCAUCCAUAUAGGUUAAGGAGACACUCAGCUAUGGUGUCAAGUCAAGUAGGGAGUCCAAUUUCAAGGGGGAAAAAAAUCAAAUCUGCCCUUAGGGUUUGAGAGUGGGGAAUGAACUGCAUGGUUUGCCUAGGGCACCAGUUGCUAGCAACUAGUCUAGGGACAUCACUGAGUGUAGCUAUGACCAAAGCACAGUUCAGACCCCGUGUUCCUCAAGGUAACUGAAUGUGGCAUGGAAGGUAUGUUCAGAUGGUCCAAUAUACUUUUCUCCCUGCCUCUUCUUUACAUCCUGGGUGCAUGGCAUGUGUAAGGUUCUCACAUUUUAAUCUCAUACUAACAACCCUAUGAGACAGAUCAGGCUGAGCAAAAGGAAGCUGCUGAAGGCUGUCCAACAAAUUCCCUGGCUGAUUUCCAACAUCCAAAGCACAAUACUCUAGUGGACACGCUGCUGUUCACUUCAUAGCCACUCUACCAAACUAAUAGCUGAGCAUUCAGCACUUGAUAAAACUACUGUAAUACCCUCAAACAUUCCUCAUUUUUGGAAUUGCUAUCCAAGACUGAAAGAUGUCAAAUAUUAAGAAGGGGACUGCAUUAGCUUCAUAGAAACCUAGGAUGUUGUGUUCAACAAAAACAGUUUCUCAGUAGUCCCAGAAAUGCCAUUAGGAGUCAGUUCUCUUGAUAUUGCUUGGAUUUUUUAAAAUCAGCGUUGAGACUAUUUUCUGAAUGAAGGGGAGAUAGAGACAGAAAAGAAAAUCUGCUCCAUUUCCUUUUCCAAGAUUGGUAGGACUGUAUUGCUUAUUAUAUCAGCAGUCAUCCAUUAUCUUGAUUUGGCCUAUCAGACAGGAGUAACCACAGCAAUGGUCACUGGCUUCAAGUUGGCAGGUGCAACUGGGCAAGUGAAGCCUCAUACCUUUUUACGUGUCUGCAAUGUGUGCAAUAUUAAAAAGGGGCAGGGUUUAGAUCACCUGGUGGUGCCCACCAUUUUGAAGGUAGUGAAAGGAAAACAUUCAUCACACAGUAUAAGAGCUUUAUUGUGAACAGGCAGACAUCAGGUAAGCCAGAAUUGCAACUGUGACACUUUACACAUUAUUCUUGCAAGGAUUUCACUUAAGGAGCCCACUGAAAAUUGUGUCAUUCCUUGAUUUGCCACAGCAAACACAAAUGCAAAAUGUGUCCUUACCUUUGAGACACAUUUUUAACAAGGUCUAAUAGACCCAAAUUACUGUACACUACUUGGUAAUAGAAAAGUUCUGCCAGACAUAAACUUCCAAUCUUUUCCAUAAAAGUGGAGUUGUAAAA